CCAGAGAACCCACUAAAUCCAGUUUGUGUUGGUAAGACAUUAAGUUAUCCCAAGAAGUUAUGGACUUAAACUGCGGAUUAUCAACCCUCUCCCACUAAUAAGCUCUCCAACUGAUGGGCUCAUCUACUCGUAAACGAAAAAAAUACAUCCAAUUAUAUAUAUAUAUAAGCCUCCCAGAUAUAAGGCCCCUUCUGAAUGUAUUGAAAUAAAUUCGAUUUAUUCUGACAGUUUGGAGCUUAAUUUAAAAACCGGUGAAUAGAAAACAUAUUUUGACUCGCAUUGUUAUAGCUUGUUUCUAAGCCCUUUUUCUAUUUCGGUUACAAGUCCCCUUCAGAUAGUAACCUCUCCACUUAUACUCCCUCAUAAAACCCCUCUAAAAGCGUAUGGUUACAGAGCCUUCUCAUUCGCAGCCCCUGCUCUGUGGAACGAAUUGCUCUAGAAUAUAAGGUGCCGCGGUUGUCUUAACCAAUUUAAACGUUUAGUUAAAUCUUAUCUUUCUAAGAAGGCUUUUAAUUUAUGAUCAUCCAAGAAACAUAUUUCCUACAUUUUCUUUUUAUUUCAUUUUAUUCACAUUUUUAUUCGGCCUUCGGCCUCAUGGGCUAUUGACUCAAAGCCCAUUCGGGUUCGAGGAACAAUUAUUUUAGUAAAUAUCGAGUCAAAACAACUUUAGCUAGCAAAACGCCAUUCAGCCGCCUUUGUUUUGGUUUUCAAAGCCGGUUCUUUCCGCUACUAGUGGGCUUUAACAUAUAGCCUAGUAGUAGCUCAACCAAUCAGAACGCAGCGUUGAUAACAGACCACUAGUUGGAUUUUACUAACAACGGAUAGCUUGAUUUUUAAAUUUUUAAACAGUGCAUUAUUAUUAAUUAUUAUUCAUUCAAAAUAUUUCCCCGAUUCUGAUUGGCUAAAAGCACACGUUUAAUUCACCAUAACCAGUUACUGAUGACCAAAUUUGAAAGAAUUUUGUGUUUAACGAGGAAAUGACGUCAAAAAUGCAGCGUUCGUGCAGGUUAAGGCACCGUUAACCGAGAAGACCUGGGGACGAGGUUGAGUUGUUUUGGUUGUGGAAACAAAAAUGGCGGUCAUUUCACUCGUUUCAAGAGUAAGAACUGUGCGAAAAAAUAGCUAAAACAUGGCAAGAACAGCAAGAAGACAACUCGAAGGGCGACAUCCGCUAUUUGGAGAAUAUUUGCGGAGCUGAACAAACCUUAACGUGCACUAUCAAAGAUGAACUUAACAUCGAUGGAUCGAUGGAGGUAAGCAUGUUUUAGGCAUGUUUUUAAACUAGGAAUUAUUUUGAAUGAAUAAACAAUUAUUGAAUUCGGCUUUCGUAUCAUAUGAAGAAUUAUGGAGAUCUCGGAGGGUGUUAUCCGCCUCGGCCUACGGCCUCGACGGAUAACACCCUCCUCGACCUCCAUAAUUCUUCAUAAUAUACUCAGCCUCAUUUAUGAAUUGUUAAUUAUUUUUUUUAAAUCUAUUUUUGUAAAAAAAUUAAUUGUAGUUGUAAAGCCCCAUUAGACAGCAAUGGAAGUGUCGCUAUAAAAGUAAAUGUUAUUAUUAUUACGAAGAUGUACAAGCCCAGGGCUAAUAACCGGCAGAUUACGGUAUUUCCUAAAAAUUAUGGUCCUGAGUCCGUAGGAAAAAGGAACAAACAUAUUUUGUGUUAAAAACUUUCGCCAGUUGAGUUAGGCGUUUGUUGGACAAUCCAUGUGGAGAAUUUGGAAGGGGAUGGGUUGUUCCAUACAGGUCCCUCUUUGACGCCAUAGAUGACUCACUUGAUCUGUUAUUUUGUUACCCGGGUUUUGUUAGACUGGUUCCUAGGCCUCAGCAUAUAGUCGUAUUACCGUGGUAACAGUGAAUCAGUGAUCAGAUCCCUGGAGAGACUUACGACCUUUCAGUGGCUUGGGAACAGGGACUCUAUAGUAGGAUUAAGGCCUCACUGUGGCCUGGCCAUAAGGAAUGAAGGGUUAUUAUAGUGACUUAUAUAAUAUAAGUAGCUGGGGGGUUAUGAUUCCAGUUACCGAAAAGGACAGAGGUCGUUCUGUUGUUAACCACCUUUUCUGUGUGAGUUUAUAAUUUUUCGAGAGCACUUCAUCCCCUAAACCUUCCUUCCCCUUAUUUCAUUGAUUGAGAGCAUUGAUUGUUGAUUUUGGUUACUAAGAACUUUAGAAUAUUGUAUAUCUCGGUCAUUCUAUAAAUUCAUUGAAAUUCUUUACUUCACUCCAUUUGUUUUUCUACCGCGUUGUAAGGUUACUGUUCACCGAGUGAUUUUCUACUUGUUUUCAUUAGAUUUCUUUGGUGGUAUCUUAAGCAAUUGUGCAGUGCUGAAUCGUUGUAGAAUUUGUCUUUUAACCUUCACAAUUCGUAGAUUUAGACGAAUGCGAAUCCCCAGAUGCCUGUGGAGACAAUCGCGUUUGCAAUAACACCGUUGGAUCGUACAGGUGUGAAUGUUUAAACGGAUUUGUUGUUGAUUCUGGUGCACAGGACCCACUGAAUCCAGUUUGUGUCGGUAAGAAGUGGAGGAUAUCUGUAAAUGGUAGAAUUCUGUUAUAAAGACAUGAGAAAAUAGGUCGAAAUUUUGACACGAGUAUUCUUUUCCAUAUUCCAAAGACACCUUGAGAAAAUGUCACAGCGGAAUGCAACAUCAUGACUAGUCUUUGGGCCGAAGUAAAUGACAUUCUUACUCAAAUAGCUUACGUAGUCAACAACAAAUUAAUGUAAAUGUCUUAAAACGAGUCGUAUAUAACAAACAACCACAUUUCGAUUAGGAAAAUUAAAGCAAACUUGUCUGACCACGCUGAGAUCUAAAACGUUUCACAAGACGUGUUUCUAAAACGGUAGUUUGUUAACAUUUAUUGAUUGAGGAGGGCGUUUGAAAUCAGGUCAAGCACUCAAAUAUAAAAACUGACAACAAACACAAGAUACAAACAAAUUCUUGGUUAUUUCUACAGAUUUUGAUGAGUGUCAAAUCCCAAAUGCUUGUGGAGUAAAUUAUGUUUGUAAUAACACCAUCGGAUCAUACAGAUGUGAAUGUUCCACUGGAUUUGUUGCUAAAUGCAGCUCACAGAACACACUCAGUCCUGUUUGUGUUGGUAAGAAUUAAAUAAACUGUGUUAAGAAAGUGAGUUAACCGCCGUGUAAAGAGGCCAAAAAGCUUGUUUUUAGGUUUAGUUCUCAAUACAGAAGGCCAAGGAAAGACUGUGAUUUUGUCUGGUUUGUUCACUAUAUAAUGGUGGAGUAUGCUACUCUUAAGUGGAAACUUGGUCAGGCGUCCAUUGAUUAUGUGGGAAUUAAUUAAAAGUGCCGUUUUUACAGGUGGUCUGUAAUUUUUUAGAUUUUACGGAUUUCUUGAUGUACAUGGAGGCUGCAGAUUUCAUAAAUCGGCUGAAAUGAUUGCGACCACCCCCUAAAACAAGGCAUGAGACGAAACGUUUUGAUAGCUUCUCUUCAUUUCAUGAAGAAUGCAUGUUCUUUUUAACUUUUGUAGAUUUAGAUGAAUGCCAGUCUCCAGAUGCUUGUGGAGCCAAUGAUUUUUGUAAUAACACC